AUGGAUAAUUCUAUUUUAGGAAAGAGAUCAUAUCAUGAGAUAACAUCAGUAGUAGAGGUGGAACAAAAAGGAGACAUAGUGCAACAACCUAUUAUUGUAGAAGAUAUAGAUUUCAGUGAUCUCAAUUCAUUGAUAAACUUCAAUAGAAUCUAUAAUCUCUAUUAUCAAUGUUUGGAGAGUAGAAACGAUAGUUUAAGAUCACAAUGUGUAAAGUUCUUUGUUAAAUAUCAUAAGUACAAGUUUAUUCAUUAUUUCGAUGUUCAAGGCUAUAUCAAGUUCAUUGUCGAUGUCUUCUUUGAUCCCGAGUUCAAUGUAUUCAACAACAUGUCAUCAUUUAAUUGUCGAGCGCAUAACCCAACUAUACAACAUAUUUACAAUAGAAUAAUCAAUGAUAAAAGAAAAAGAAUAGAAAUCUAUCAAAAAUGUUGUUAUUUCACCAAAAUUAAUAGAUUAGAAUAUGAUCUUAAUGAUUUCUAUAACAAGUUAUUAUCAAAGAACAUUGACAAUGAGAAUACAGUAAAACAUCAAAUCAAUCUAAAUGAUCGUGAAAUACAAUUGGAGAACAAUUCAAAUACAGGUAGUGAUUCAAUUGUAAUCAACAAGGAAUCUAAAUGUAUCCUACAAGAUAUAUUACUGGAUAAAAUCAUCUCAUUUUCAGUGGUAAACCUACCAACAUUCAAUAUAAAAUACAAAGAUGUGGAGAUCGUAUUGAAUAUUGCAUUGGUUUCCAAAAAGAUCUUCAAACUAGUAUCAAAGUAUAUUCCAAAUGGUUAUUAUUUACGUGGUCCAAUCAAUCUCCAAAGAGAAAACUGCAUUGUCCAAUCACCACCAUUGUUCUUUGAUUAUGAAUCUAUCAAAUACAUCAAAUAUGGUGAGAGUACCGAUCGGACCAAUCAAUUAUUCUCUAGAGUCGACGAAUUUCAUAUCUCAUCUGAUGAAUAUGAUAUUUAUAUCAACGAUGGUGUUGAACGAUUUUAUAUCAAUGAUGAAACAUUUACCGAUAACGAAGAUUUGUGUUAUCGUAAAUCUAUUGAAUCAGAUCGUUAUCUUCCACACCUUCCAGCAAUGCCGAAUCUAAAGAGAAUCACUCUCAUUAAAUACUAUGGAUAUGAAUCGAACUACAGUUCAUUUCUAACAUCGAUAUGUAAGAGUACACCCAGUGGCGAUGGUCGUGGUAUUGAACAGUUCAAAAUCGAUAUCAACAAAGAUUGGAACUCAGCUCCAGACUUUAGUAACUUGGAUUUCUUGGAACCACUCAUUCGAUUACAUUCAAACACAUUGAAAUCAAUAGAAAUCAAAUAUGAAUAUUGUCGUGAUCUUGAUAUGGUCAUAUUGUUAGAGCACUUAAAAGAUUUGAUUCCAACAAUGGAACAACACAGUUAUUCAUUCAUCUUGCAUGCCAACUAUAGAAAGUUAAAACGAGUAUGUCAAGAAGAUGAUAAAGAUCGAAAAGUAUAUCAAUAUUUACUCAAUCAAAAAAUCAAAAAUAAUGUCAAAGAUUACAGCGAUUAUUCUGAUUUUACCAACGAUGAUGAAGAUGAAGCUGAUAAUAUUAAUCAAUAA